AUGGACGUGGACAUGGACAUGGACGUGGACAUGGACGUGGACGUGGACAUGGACGUGGACGUGGACAUGGACGUGGACGUGGACGUGGACGUGGACGUGGACGGGGACAUGGACGGGGACGUGGACGGGGACGUGGACGUGGACGUGGACAUGGACGUGGACGUGGACGUGGACGUGGACGCGGACGUGGACGUGGACGGGGAUGUGGACGUGGACGUGGACGUGGACAUGGACGUGGACGUGGACGUGGACGUGGACGUGGACGUGGACGUGGACAUGGACGUGGACGUGGACAUGGAAGUGGACGUGGACGUGGACGUGGACAUGGACGUGGACGUGGAUGUGGACAUGGUCGUGGACGUGGACGUGGACGUGGACGCGGACGUGGACGUGGACGGGGAUGUGGACGUGGACGUAGACGUGGACAUGGACGUGGACGUGGACGUGGACGUGGACGUGGACGUGGACAUGGUCGUGGUCGUGGACGUGGACGUGGACGUGGACGUGGACAUGGACAUGGACGUGGACAUGGUCGAGGACAUGGACGUGGACGUGGACGUGGACGUGGACAUGGACGUGGACGUGGACGUGGACGUGGACGUGGACGUGGACGUGGACGUGGACGUCGACGUGGACAUGGACGUGGACGUGGACGUGGACGUCGUCGUGGACAUGGACGUGGACAUGGACGUGGACGUGGACGUGGACGUGGACGUGGAUGUCGACGUGGACAUGGACGUGGACGUGGACGUGGACAUUGACGUGGACGUGGACAUGGACGUGGACGUGGACGUGGACGUGGACGUAGACGUGGACGUGGACGUAGACAUGGACAUGGAUAUGGACAUGGACAUGGACGUGGACAUGGACGUGGACGUGGACAUGGAUGUGGACGUGGACAUGGACGUGGACGUGGACGUGGACGUGGACAUGGACCAGGACAAGGACGUGGACGUGGACGUGGAUGUAGACAUGGACGGGGACGUGGACAGGGACGUGGACGUGGACGUGGACAUGGACGUGGACAUGGACGUGGACAUGGACGGGGACGUUGACGUGGACGUGGACAUGGACGUGGACGUGGACAUGGACGCGGACGUGGACGUGGACGGGGAUGUGGACAUGGACGUGGACGUGGACAUGGACGUGGACGUGGACAUGGACGUGGACGUGGACGUGGACGUGGACGUGGACGUGGACAUGGACAUGGACGUGGACAUGGACGUGGACGUGGACGUGGACAUGGACGUGGACGUGGAUGUGGACAUGGUCGACGUGGACGUGGACGUGGACAUGGUCGUGGUCGUGGACGUGGACGUGGACGUGGACAUGGACAUGGACGUGGACAUGGUCGUGGACAUGGACGUGGACGUGGAGGUGGACGUGGACGUGGACGUGGACAUGGACGUGGACGUGGACGUGGACAUGGACGUGGACAUGGACGUGGUUUUGGACAUGGACGUGGACAUGGACGUGGACGUGGACGUGGACGUGGACAUGAACAUGGACGUGGACGUGGACGUGGACAUGGACGUCGACGUGGACAUGGACGUGGACGUGGACAUGGACGUGGACGUGGACGUGGACAUGGAUGUGGACAUGGACGUGGAGGACUUGGACGUGGACAUGGACGUGGUCGUGGACAUGGACGUGGACGUGGACAUGGACGUGGACAUGGACGUGGACGUGGACGUGGACGUGGACAUGGACAUGGACGUGGACAUGGACAUGGACGUGGACAUGGACGUGAACGUGGACAUGGACAUGGACGUGGACGUGGACGUGGACGCGGACGUGGACGUGGACGUGGACGCGGACGUGGACGUGGACGUGGACGUGGACGUGGAUGGACGCGGACGUCGACGUGGACGUGGAUGGACGCGGACGUCGGCAUGGACGUGGUUGGACAUGGACGUGGACUUGGACGUGGACGGGGAUGUGGACAUGGACGUGGACGUGGACAUCGACGUGGACGUGGACGUGGACGUGGACAUGGUUGUGGAGGUGCACGUGGACGUGGACGUGGACGUGGACGUGGACAUGGACGUGGACGUGGACGUGGAUGUGGACAUGGACGCGGACGUGGACGGGGACGUGGACGCGGAUGUGGACAUGGACGUGGACGUGGACGUGGACGUGGACGUGGACAUGGACGCGGACGUGGACGUGGACGGGGAUGUGGACAUGGACGUGGACGUGGACGUGGACGUGGACGUGGACGUGGACAUGGACGUGGACGUGGACAUGGACUGGAGUGGACGUGGACGUGGACAUGGACGUGGACGUGGAUACGUGGACAUGGACGUGGACGUGGACGUGGACGUGGACAAGGACGUGGACGUGGACGUGGACAUGGUCGUGGUCGUGGACGUGGACGUGGACGUGGACGUGGACGUGGACAUGGACAUGGACGUGGACAUGGUCGAGGACAUGGACGUGGACGUGGACGUGGACAUGGACAUGGACGUGGACGUGGACGUGGACAUGGACGUGGACGUGGACGUGGACGUGGACGUCGACGUGGACAUGGACGUGGACGUGGACGUGGACAUGGAAGUGGACGUGGACGUGGACGUGGAUGUCGACGUGGACAUGGACGUGGACGUGGACGUGGACAUUGACGUGGACGUGGACAUGGACGUGGACGUGGACGUGGACGUGGACGUAGACGUGGACGUGGACGUAGACAUGGACAUGGAUAUGGACAUGGACAUGGACGUGGACAUGGACGUGGACGUGGACAUGGAUGUGGACGUGGACAUGGACGUGGACGUGGACGUGGACGUGGACAUGGACCAGGACAAGGACGUGGACGUGGACGUGGACGUGGACAUGGACGGGGACGUGGACGGGACGUGGACGGACGUGGACAUGGACGUGGACGUGGACAUGGACGUGGACCUGGACGUGGACGUGGACGUGGACGUGGACGUGGACGUGGACGUGGACAUGGACAUGGACGUGGACAUGGACGUGGACGUGGACGUGGACAUGGACGUGGACGUGGACGUGGACGUGGACGCGGACGUGGACGUGGACGGGGAUGUGGACGUGGACGUAGACGUGGACAUGAACGUGGACGUGGACGUGGACGUGGACAAGGACGUGGACGUGGACGUGGACAUGGACGUGGUCGUGGACGUGGACGUGGACGUGGACAUGGACAUGGACGUGGACAUGGUCGUGGACAUGGACGUGGACGUGGACGUGGACGUGGACGUGGACGGACAUGGACGUGGACGUGGACGUGGACAUGGACGUGGACAUGGACGUGGUUUUGGACAUGGACGUGGACGUGGACGUGGACGUGUGGACGUGGACGUGGACAUGGACAUGGACGUGGACGUGGACGUGGACGUGGACGUCGACGUGGACAUGGACGUGGACGUGGACAUGGACGUGGACGUGGACGUGGACAUGGAUGUGGACAUGGACGUGGAGGACUUGGACGUGGACAUGGACGUGGACGUGGACAUGGACGUGGACGUGGACAUGGACGUGGACAUGGACGUGGACGUGGACGUGGACGUGGACAUGGACAUGGACGUGGACAUGGACAUGGACGUGGACAUGGACGUGAACGUGGACAUGGACAUGGACGUGGACGUGGACGUGGACGCGGACGUGGACGUGGACGGACGCGGACGUGGACGUGGACGUGGACGUGGACGUGGAUGGACGCGGACGUGGACGUGGACGUGGAUGGACGUGGACGUGGACAUGGACGUGGUGGUUGGACAUGGACGUGGACUUGGACGUGGACGGGACGUGGACAUGGACGUGGACGUGGACAUCGACGUGGACGUGGACGUGGACGUGGACAUGGUUGUGGAGGUGGACGUGGACGUGGACGUGGACGUGGACGUGGACAUGGACGUGGACGUGGACGUGGAUGCGGGACAUGGACGCGGACGUGGACGGGACGUGGACGCGGAUGUGGACGUGGACGUGGACGUGGACGUGGACGUGGACAUGGACGCGGACGUGGACGUGGACGUGGAUGUGGACAUGGACGUGGACGUGGACGUGGACGUGGACGUGGACAUGGACGUGGACGUGGACAUGGAACGUGGACGUGGACGUGGACAUGGACGUGGACGUGGAUGUGGACAUGGUCGUGGACGUGGACGUGGACGUGGACGCGAUGUCGACGUGGACGGGGAUGUGGACGUGGACGUAGACGUGGACAUGGACGUGGACGUGGACGUGGACGUGGACAAGGACGUGGACGUGGACGUGGACAUGGACGUGGUCGUGGACGUGGACGUGGGCGUGGACGUGGACGUGGACAUGGACAUGGACGUGGACAUGGUCGAGGACAUGGACGUGGACGUGGACGUGGACAUGGACAUGGACGUGGACGUGGACGUGGACAUGGACGUGGACGUGGACGUGGACGUGGACGUCGACGUGGACAUGGACGUGGACGUGGACGUGGACAUGGAAGUGGACGUGGACGUGGACGUGGAUGUCAACGUGGACAUGGACGUGGACGUGGACGUGGACAUGGACGUGGACGUGGACAUGGACGUGGACGUGGACGUGGACGUGGACGUAGACGUGGACGUGGACGACAAGGACGUGGACGUGGACGUGGAUGUGGACAUGGACGGGGACGUGGACGGGGACGUGGACGUGGACGUGGACAUGGACGUGGAGGACAUGGACGUGGACAUGGACGGGGACGUUGACGUGGAUGUGGACAUGGACGUGGACGUGGACAUGGACGCGGACGUGGACGUGGACAGGACGUGGACAUGGACGUGGACGGAGGACAUGGACCUGGACGUGGACGUGGACGUGGACGUGGACGUGGACGUGGACGUGGACAUGGACAUGGACGUGGACAUGGACGUGGACGUGGACGUGGACAUGGACGUGACGUGGACGUGGACGUGGACGUGGACGUGGACGUGGACGGGAUUGGACGUGGACGUAGACGUGGACAUGGACGUGGACGUGGACGUGGACGUGGACAUGGACGUGGACGUGGACGUGGACGUGGACAUGGUCGUGGACGUGGACGUGGACGUGGACGUGGACAUGGACAUGGACGUGGACAUGGUCGUGGACAUGGACGUGGACGUGGACGUGGACGUGGACGUGGACAUGGACAUGGACGUGGACGUGGACGUGGACGUGGACAUGGACGUGGACGUGGACAUGGACGUGGACGUGGACGUGGACAUGGACGUGGACAUGGUCGUGGAGGACUUGGACGUGGACAUGGACGUGGUCGACAUGGACGUGGACGUGGACAUGGACGUGGACAUGGACGUGGACGUGGACGUGGACUGGACGUGGACAUGGACAUGGACGUGGACAUGGACAUGGACGUGGACAUGGACGUGGACGUGGACGUGGACAUGGACGUGGAUAUGGACGUGGACGUGGACGUGGACGUGGACGUGGACGUGGACGUGGACGUGGACGUGGACGUGGACGUGGACGUGGAUGGACACGUGGACGUCGACGUGGACGUGGAUGGACGUGGACGUCGGCAUGGACGUGGUUGACAUGGACGUGGACUUGGACGUGGACGGGGAUGUGGACGUGGACGUGGACGUGGACGUGGACAUGGACGUGGACGUGGACGUGGACGUGGACGCGGACGUGGACGUGGACGUGGACAUGGACGUGGAUGUGGACGUGGACGUGGACGUGGAUGGACGUGGACGUCGACAAGGACGUGGGAUGGACAUGGACGUGGACUUGGAUACGGUCGUGGACGUGGACGUGGACGUGGACAUGGUCGUGGACGUGGACGUGGACGUGGACGUGGACGUUGACGUGGACGUGGACGUGGACGUGGACGUGACGUGGACGACGUGGACGUGGACGUGGACAUGGACGUGGACGUGGACGUGGACAUGGACGUGGACGUGGACGUGGACCUGGACGUGGACGUGGACAUGGACGUGGACGUGGACGUGGACGUGGACGUGGACGCGGACGUGGACAUGGACGUGGACGUGGACGUGGACGGGGAUGUGGACGUGGACGUGGACGUGGACAUGGACGUGGACGUGGACGUGGACGUGGACGUGGACAUGGACGUGGACUUGGGUGGACGAGGACGUGGACAUGGACAUGGACGUGGACAUGGACGUGGACAUGGACGUGGACGUGGACAUGGACGUGGACAUGGACCUGGACGUGGACGUGGACGUGGACGUGGACAUGGACGUGGACAUGGACGUGGUUGUGGACAUGGACGCGGACAUGGACGUGGACAUGGACGUGGACGUGGACGUGGACGUGGACGUCGACGUGGACAUGGACGUGGACGUGGACGUGGACAUGGACAUGGACAUGGACGUGGACGUGGACGUGGACGUGGACAUGGACGUGGACAUGGACGUGGAGGACUUGGACGUGGACAUGGACAUGGUCGUGGACAUGGACGUGGACGUGGACAUGGACGUGGACAUGGACAUGGACGUGGACGUGGUGGACAUGGACGUGGACGUGGACGUGGACAUGGACGUGGACGCGGAUGUGACGUGGACGACGUGGACGUGGACGUGGACAUGGACGUGGUCGUGGACGUGGACGUGGACGUGGACGUGGACGUGGACAUGGACAUGGACGUGGACAUGGUCGAGGGACAUGGACGUGGACGUGGACGUGGACAUGGACAUGGACGUGGACGUGGACGUGGACAUGGACGUGGACGUGGACGUGGACGUGGACGUGGACGUCGACGUGGACAUGGACGUGGACGUGGACGUGGACAUGGACGUGGACAUGGACGUGGACGUGGAUGUGGACGUGGACAUGGACGUGGACGUGGACGUGGACAUUGACGUGGACGUGGACAUGGACGUGGACGUGGACGUGGACGUGGACGUGGACGGACGUGGACGUGGACGUGGACAUGGACGUGGACGUGGACAUGGACAUGGACGUGGACAUGGACGUGGACGUGGACAUGGAUGUGGACGUGGACAUGGACGUGGACGUGGACGUAGACGUGGACAUGGACCCGGACAAGGACGUGGACGUGGACGUGGAGUGGACAUGGACAGGGACGUGGACGUGGACGUGGACGUGGACGUGGACAUGGACGUGGACAUGGACGUGGACAUGGACGGGGACGUGGACGUGGACGUGGACAUGGACGUGGACACGUGGACAUGGACGUGGACGUGGACGUGGACGGGACGUGGACAUGGACGUGGACGUGGACGUGGACCUGGACGUGGACGUGGACGUGGACGUGGACGUGGACCGGUGGACGUGGACAUGGACAUGGACGUGGACAUGGACGUGGACGUGGACGUGGACAUGGACGUGGACGUGGACGUGGACAUGGACGUGGACGUGGACGUGGACGUGGACGUGGACGGGGAUGUGGACGUGGACGUGGACGUGGACAUGGACGUGGACGUGGACGUGGACGUGGACAAGGACGUGGACGUGGACGUGGACAUGGACGUGGACGUGGACUGA